AUGGUUGAUAAAGAAACUUCAGCGGAUUCCAGCCCUUGGUCCCCUCAACACGCCUAUCAGGAAAUCAGAAACCACACAAGCAUCUCCGACUUCCUGCUUCUGGGCUUCUCUGACCACCCAGACCAGCAGCCUCUCCUCUUCGGGCUCUUCCUGGGCAUGUACCUGGUCACCGUGUUGGGGAACCUGCUCAUCAUCUUGGCCAUAGUUUCUGACCAGCAUCUCCACACCCCCAUGUACUUCUUCCUAGCCAACCUGUCCCUCAUUGAUACCUGCUUCUCCUGCACCAUUGUCCCCAAGGUGCUGGUGAACACCCUCACUCAGCAGCACACCAUCACUUACACUGGCUGCCUCGUACAGAUGUACUUCUUCAUGGCAUUGACCCUGCUGGAUGACUUCCUGCUGGCCGUGAUGGCAUAUGAUCGCUAUGUGGCCAUCUGCCUUCCUCUCCACUACACCACCAUCAUGUGUCCCCAACGCUGCCUGCUGCUGGUCGCCUCAUCCUGGCUCUGCGCCCACCUCCUGGCCUUCUCACUCACCCUCCUCAUGGCUCAGUUCUCCUUCUGUGCCUCCCAUUCCAUCCCACACUUUUUCUGUGACCUUCUCCCUGUCAUCAAACUUGCCUGCUCAGACACCCAGAUCUUUCAGGUCAUGAUGUUUGCUGAAGCAGCCCUCGCAGGUGUGGUCCCUCUCACCUGUGUCCUGGUCUCUUAUGGCCACAUCAUGCACACCAUCCUCAGGGUCCCCUCAGAUGGGGGGAAGCACAAGGUCUUCUCGACAUGUGGCUCUCACCUGUCAGUGGUCACCCUCUUCUAUGGGACACUUUUUCUGGUGUAUUUCCAGCCGUCAUCUUCCUACUCAGCAGACACUGGAAUGGUUGCAUCUGUGAUAUAUACAAUGGUCACCCCCAUGCUGAACCCGUUCAUCUACAGCCUGAGGAACAGAGACAUGAAGGGGGCUCUGUGGAGGCUCUCAGGCUGGAGAAGAUACUCUACUCUGAACGUGGCAAUUUCUCAUCUUGACUGCACAUCAUGGUUGAUAAAGAAACUUCCAGCCCUUGGUCCCCUCAACACGCCUAUCAGAAACCACACAAGCAUCUCCGACUUCCUGCUUCUGGGCUUCUCUGACCACCCAGACCAGCAGCCUCUCCUCUUCGGGCUCUUCCUGGGUAUGUACCUGGUCACCGUGUUGGGGAACCUGCUCAUCAUCUUGGCCAUAGUUUCUGACCAGCACCUCCACACCCCCAUGUACUUCUUCCUGGCCAACCUGUCCCUCAUUGAUACCUGCUUCUCCUGCACCAUUGUCCCCAAGGUGCUGGUGAACACCCUCACUCAGCAGCACACCAUCACUUACACUGGCUGCCUCGUACAGAUGUACUUCUUCAUGGCAUUGGCCCUGCUGGAUGACUUCCUGCUGGCCGUGAUGGCAUAUGAUCGCUAUGUGGCCAUCUGCCUUCCUCUCCACUACACCACCAUCAUGUGUCCCCAACGCUGCCUGCUGCUGGUCGCCUCAUCCUGGCUCUGCGCCCACCUCCUGGCCUUCUCACUCAUCCUCCUCAUGGCUCAGUUCUCCUUCUGUGCCUCCCAUUCCAUCCCACACUUUUUCUGUGACCUUCUCCCUGUCCUCAAACUUGCCUGCUCAGACACCCAGACCUUUCAGGUCAUGAUGUUUGCUGAAGCAGCCCUCGCAGGUGUGGUCCCUCUCACCUGUGUCCUGGUCUCUUAUGGCCACAUCAUGCACACCAUCCUCAGAGUCUCCUCAGCUGGGGGGAAGCACAAACUCUUCUCAACCUGUGGCUCUCACCUGACAGUAGUCACUCUUUUCUAUGGAACUGUCUUUCUUGUGUAUUUCCAGCCCUCUUCCUCCUACUCAGCAGGCACUGGAAUGAUGGCAUCUGUGGUGUACACAAUGGUCACCCCCAUGCUGAACCCGUUCAUCUACAGCCUGAGGAACAGAGACAUGAAGGGGGCUCUGUGGAGACUCCUUGCCUGCAGAAAAUGUUGCAUCUUAUAA